CUGGGGCACAGGAUGGCUCUGGAUAUUGCUUCAACACUUCUCCUGGCUACAGGAGUUACUCUCCUAAUUUACCUCAUAAAAUGGUGGGGAAUAGUCAAACUUAAAAACCUGCCCCCAGGACCUACACCUCUACCAGGCUUGGGGAAUAUCCUUCAGAUCAGCACCUCAGAAAUACCACAGUCUUUAGUCAAGCUAAGUGAAACAUAUGGACCUGUCUAUACCCUCUACAUGGGGAACCUGCGGAUUAUAGUACUGAUUGGGUACGAUGCUGUGAAAGAAGCAUUGGUGGACCGCAGUGAUGCGUUUAGUGAUAGGGGAAACACCGGAGUAACAGAGCUUUUAUCUCAGGAUUUUGGGGUCAUUGCAAGCAAUGGAGAAAGGUGGAAAACUCUUCGGCGAUUUUCUCUGACAACUUUGAGAAAUUUUGGAAUGGGAAAGAGAGGCAUUGAAGAAAGAAUUCAAGAAGAAGCCCAACGUCUUGCUGAAAAAUUUAUGAAGGAUAAAGAUACCCCGUUUGACCCAACAUGUAUAUUACGAUUCGCCGUUUCUAAUGUCAUUUGUUCCGUUGUGUUUGGUGAAAGAUUUGACUAUGAAGACCAAGAAUUCUUGACUCUCUUGUCAUCUCUUCAUGAACUUAUAGAGCUGUUCAACAGCCGUUCAGGGCAGCUUUUAAACUUGCUCCCAAAAAUUAUGUCCUACAUUCCUGGUCCUCACCUAAACCUAUUAAAAAUUAUGGACAAAAUAAAACAAUUUAUUAUGGAUAUGGUGAAAACCCACCGAAAGACCAUGGAAAAGAACUGCCCUCGUGAUUUCAUAGACUGCUUCCUCAUGAAGAUGGAGGAGGAAAAAAAAAACCCAUACACCGAAUUUCUCGAGAAGAACCUAGAGGGGACAAUAUUAGACGUAUUCUUAGCUGGAACAGAGACUACAAGUUUGACACUGAGAUAUAGCUUUCUUAUACUCAUGAAAUAUCCUGAAAUACAAGAGAAGAUCCACAAAGAGAUUGAUAAUGUAAUCGGCAAAGAUCGCUGUCCAUCGAUGGAGGACAAGAGUAAAAUGCCGUACACAGAAGCUGUAAUGCAUGAGAUCCAGAGAUUUGCUGAUAUUGCUCCUUUAGGAGCGCCUCAUUCUCUCAGCAAGAACACAACCUUCAGAGGAUUUUACAUUCCAAAGGGUACCAUGGUGUUUCCAGUCCUGACCUCUGUCUUGAAAGACCCAAAACAAUUCAAGAACCCAAAUGAAUUUGACCCCAGACACUUUCUCAGUGAGAAUGGUUGCUUUAAGAAAAAUGAUGCAUUUAUGCCAUUUUCUACAGGCAAACGUGUGUGUAUGGGAGAAGGCCUGGCUCGCAUGGAGUUUUUCCUCUUUUUAACCACAAUACUGCAAAAAUUUACCUUGGAGCCUACAAUAGACAGAAAGAAUCUGAGCAUAAGACCUGAGCCCAACACCAACGCUUCAAGACCUCAUUCAUACCAGAUGAAGGUUGUCCCUCGUUUUUGAGUUGAAGAUGAACUAACGUAAAAGAUCUAGAAAUUACAAACAGAAGACAGCUCUAAAUAUUGAAGAUUAUAAAUUGCAAAAAAGAGCAAUACAAAGACUAGUUUCCUCAAAAAUUCAUAAAUCCUAUUUUUAUUUUUAGCACUGGUCAUACCUGGAUGAAUGUAAACAAUGUAAUAUGAUUCUCAUCUUUUAUAAUUAUUUUGUGUUAAUAAAAAAAUCACACUGUA